CAGCCGAAAGGCCCACCCCAGCACCCCGCCGACGACUCUCCCCGCUAUGGGGGGGAUGGAGGAAACGUCCCGGGAGCAGCGACCACGCACGGCCGACCCACCCGGAGCCAACGAGCAGGUCCCCCACGCGGGCAUCCAACAAAAAAUCGCACCCACAUAUACACAGCAAGGGGGGGGACACGGGGAUAUAAUAUCUCCUCUGUUGGUGCAUUUCAGGGUACCGGCGCUGCGGAGAGGGGGCUUCCCUCGCAGAUGGCGCCUCAAACACCAGGGCCGGUGUGCUGGAGGUGCGGACGGCCCGGGCACGUGCCGGGAGUGCUCCAUGAUGGAAGUGGGGCAGGUGAUGCAGGUUGUCGGGCCUCCAGCACCCGCCCCCGAUCUGGGGGAGACGUACUGCGUCCCGGCGGACGCGUCGGGCCGGAGGCUGGGGGCGGUGCUGCCCCAGCGGGUGGGGGAUGUCGACCGCCCCGUGCUGUACAUCAGCCGUAAACUCUCUGACCGGGAGGCAAGGUACAGCACGGUGGAGAGGGAGUGCCUUGCCAUCCGGUGGGCGGUCGGGGCCCUCCGCUACUACCUGUUGGGGCGUGCCUUCAGUCUCUGCUCGGACCACAAACCGCUCCAGUGGCCCCACCGCAUGAAGGACGCCAACGCGCGGAUCACCGGUGGUAUCUGGCAUUACAGCCCUACAACUUCCGGGUGGUCCACAGGCCGGGUGCGCAGAUGGCCGUGGCCGACUUCCUCUCUCCCCCCGCUAUGGGGGGGUGUGGGGGGGAGUGGACGCGGCCGGACGGCUGCCCGGCCUGAGUCUAGCGGUGGAGGCAUGUGGAGAGGGGCGUGGUUCACGCGUUCCCUGCGGGCGGGGUGUGUGCAGGGGCCGGCCAUAAAGCGGCAGACAGCAGCCUCGGAGACCAUGAGGGGGUGGUGUGGGCUGGAGAACACGAGAGCGACACCACGAGAGAGACGCUGAAAAGCGGAAAGAGACUUUGGAAGAAAGAAAAUAAAAUAAUUGUAAACGCUGCAUCGGAGUUCCUGUGGUCCCAGACGAACCCGAACCUAGACAUUGCUACACUACACUGUACUUAUUUAUGUGUAUAGAUACACUGUACUUAUUUAUGUAUUUAUCUACACUGUACUUAUUUAUGUGUUUAGAUACAGACCAGUGUACUCAAUUGUGGGAAGUUAGCUCAUUUUAAGAUAACCAGAAUCUAAAAAAAAUACAAUAAAUAAAAUAUGAUUACUAAACAUUUUGACCUCGAGGCCCCACUUUUCCACUACAGAGGGGCUGGAGUCCCACUCAAAUAUUUACACUGAAGAGUCAUCUUACUAUUGAUUUUAAUUGUAUUCAAUAAUGAUAUCUAACCGACUUACAGUUUACAACCUUGUCACAUGAGAUGAAACGUGUUAAUCACAAAUCUUAUUAUUUAUUCAACAUAUACAAAUUGGGCUUAGGUCAGGCUGAUUAGAAAAAUAAGUACUAACCAAAUAUAUACUCCAUAAGAAGGUACUCACAAAUAAUGGACGAAAAAUCAAUUUACAUACAAUUCCGUUGUGGUAAAAUAAAUAAAAUAAAUUAUUGUUUCUUAACUAAAUUGUCAAUUUUAGUCAU